AUGUAUUGUAUAAUUUCUUUAAUAUUAAUAAGUUUUACAUGGAUGAAAAGUUCCUUAGCAGUUCAAUGUGAUACAAAUCCUUGUGAAUUAGGUGGGAAUUUUUUACCACCUAAUUAUCAAUGUCUUCAAAUAACAGACAAUUUUAAUGAUGUUAUUUGUACAUGUCCUGAUGGUCAUGUAGAAACGAAUACUCGUUGUCGCAUUUGUGAUAAGAUUAAUUGUGGUCCAAAUGGUAUUUGUAUCGAGAGAUCAUUUUUUGAAAAUUUACAUUAUACUUGUGGUUGUACCAAUGGUACAGUUAAUUAUCUUAAUCCUGGGCCAUGUCCAAACACUUAUCCAGUAACAACAACGCCAUCAUCUGUUAUUUGUCUUAACGGUGGUACUUAUAAUACGGCAACAGGAACAUGUGUUUGUCCAGCUAGUUUUACAGGCCUUUACUGUGAACAAUCAAUUGUUGAACCAAUAAAUUGUCAAAAGGUGGUAUGUGCUAAUGGUGGUGUUUGUAAUCCAGUACAAACAAUUGAAAAUGGAGUCGAUAUACAAUGUUCAUGUUUAAAUGGUUUCGCUGGUAGGAAUUGUGAAUUAGUCGGCGUAUCUGGUGGAUGUACAGCUGUCAUAUGUAACAAUGGUGGUACCUGCGAAGAAAGAGUCAAUGGCGCAGCAACUUUUGCUUAUUGUCGAUGUCCAUCUGGUAUUAGUGGUCAACGUUGUGAAACGUCAUAUUUUUCAUGUCCAGCUCCAGGUAUAUAUGCUGAUCCAAUCAAUUGUAAAUUUGGUCGAUAUUUUCAAUGUAUUGGUUUAACUCUAUCAACACUUUCAUGUCCCAGAGCUAAUGCUCAUAGUAAAUAA